CCCCAAUACAUUUGUUUCAUUAUUUUGUUGAUAUAGAAUUUUAUUUUUAAUAUUAUCAGCGCAAAAAUAUUUGUCAUUAUAUUUAAAAUUUUUUCAAUAUUUUCUUCGUGUAAUAAUGUUCAAAAUUAUCAAUCAAUCACAAUCGAAUUUUGAUGUUCGUUAUUUUCGAUAAAAAAAGUCUAAUAUUCUUUUCACAAUCUUCACACUUUUUAACGACAAUUUUAAUUUCUUUCUUCGAAUUAAUAGGUAUACAAUCAUGUUCCAAAUAUCAUAAUUUAUUAUUUCAUAUUUUAAAUUUUUUUCCAUAUAUCAUAGUAAUUCUUAUUCCUACUACCUUUCUCGAUGAUGGUUUAACUAAUACUACUGAUAUUAAUUCGUCUCCUUUUAAAUUUUAAUUAAAUGAUCUUUAAUAUAAUUUUGUUUAAUGUUUUAUUUUAUUUCUAAACUAUACUAAAUUUUUUAAAUAAAUUUCUGAUAAUAUUGAUCUUAAAGCAACUGAUCCGCUAAUGAUUUCCAUCGAUCUAUCAAAUCUUUACAUUCCUUUUCAGAUAGAAUAAUUAAUAUUCUAUUCUAGGUAUUGUUACCACCGGUUUCCAUCAUUCGGUAGGUAG